AUGAUUGCGUUUUCGUCUACCACUGCUCUCAUGUGCUUCAUACUUGUGGCACUAACUCGGCCUAUUAGUGGUAAGGACAGCCCAGAGCCAGACCAGGAGUCGGAUUUUGAUCAAUCAGUGUACAAAGAAUUUUUGGCUGCUAUCCACUACAACGAAAGAGAUAGAGAAGCGGAGGCUAAGCAUAUCCAAGAAAACGCUCUCAAAGCAAAGUAUGGCGAAAACAGAAUGAGUGCAGCCGAAAGAGUACAGAUGGCGGAUGAUAUCAGCCACGAGAUGGUGGAAGUUGCAAUGAAACAGCGUGCAAGACUUGAGCACACUGGUUAAAAUGGCGAAUGUGUAUAUUGCAUAGUUAAUUUACGAUGUGUCAAAAAACUUCAUCUGAACAAUAAAGAAAUGAA